CUUCGCAUUUUAAAGUAUAAAUUAUAUCAGCUAUUAUUAUUUUGAAGUGCAUGAAUAAUUUAUUUCAGCUAAUUUUGAAAGAAAAUGCGACGUUUUUUAUAUUUUUUAUAGUUUUGAAACAGCUAAUAGUUUUCAUUAUUCCUAUCAUUGACAUUGACAUUAGACAUUAACGAAUCUGAUGAAUCGAUGUUCGCUGAGUUUCCAGAGUUUCUAACCUUACUUUUACUUCAGACGCCGUUGCUGUCUGUUGGCGUAUGAUGUGGAUAGGGAUUGUUGUUUUAUCAUUUAUAAGUUUGUAAAUGUUCCAAAAGUGUUAAAUAUUCUAUUACAUUUGCACCAAAAAUCCCGCGAGGUUGACAAUAAUCAAUACCUUAUUCAUUUCGUUUUCAAAGCAAGAUGUUCGAAUCACGUGUUGUGAAAACGGAUGUAACCGCUGUGAAGUUAAUUAAUAACUUCGUUUUAGCUGGUAUUGGUAACUUUUUACAUAUUUUUGACCUCAACGGAAAAUUUCUAAAAAAAUUAAACGUCUUUGAUGGACAGAAAAUACAUGGAAUAAAUCUUGAUGAUGUCACUGACACGUUACUAUUGUAUGGUGGUUGUUAUAUGCAGACAAUAACUUGUAAUUUUCUACAAUGUGAAUUUACAAAAUUGCAUGCGAAAACUGUCCAUGGAUGGGUUCUAACAAGUCGGUGGUUGAAAAGUAAAUGGAUCGCUGCUGUAGUUAUGCUAAACAAGUUAUUAAUUUUUGACGGCCAGUUGAAUAUACUGCGAGAAAUUGUUUGUGCUGAGAAAUGCAUCUUGUAUAGUGCUUUCAUUUCCUACAACGACAUUGACGAAUUGGUGGUCUUGUCUGGAACAGUUUUUGGGGAAAUAGUAAUUUGGAAAGUGAAUCACUUUAAUAUUCAGGAAAGUAGUCCCGUUGUCAAAAGACUGACUGGUCAUAAGGGUGUUAUUUUUUCCAUUAGUUACAAUGAAGAAGCAGGUUAUAUUUGUUCUUCAUCUGACGAUCGUUCUACCAUUUUGUGGUCAAUCGAGAAGAAGUCAAUUCACAGUGAGUUGCAACGUACUCAUUGUAACAUCCUUUUACAUCGCAAAAUUUACGGUCAUCAGUCUCGUGUAUUCCGAUCAUUAUUACUACAAAAUUUAAUAGUGACAGCUGGUGAAGAUUCUACCGUAAACGUUUGGGAUUUCGAAGGACAAUUAAUAAAAAAAAUAACUCAUCAAGGUGGACCAAUUUGGGCAUUAGAUGGUAACACUGAUGUGGUGGUGUCAGGAGGUGGUGAUUGCGGAGUGUUAAUAUCGUCAGUACAAUCAAAUUCGCUAUGUAACAGUUUACUUCUUCCAGAGAAUUAUAAUCCUAAGCGAAUUGGACUUUUACGCAGCAGUAAUCUAGUUGUGAUUACCGAGGAUGGUGUAUUAUUUUACUAUGCUCGUAAUUUAAACAUGUGGAUAAAAAUCGAUCAACAUAAGGUGUUACAAAGUUAUAACGUGCUUGAAGUGUCAAAGUGUAAAAGUUUGUUUUCGCUUUCUGGGUACCAUGGCGAGAUUUUUAUCUACCAGGAAGAAGAAAACUCAGCUCGACUGUUGGUAAGUUUUAGAACUAAGUUACAGUCGCGCAUUUUUUCUUUUUUUUGGUUAACUUGCUCAAGUUUUUUUGUUUGUGAAUCCAAAUUAUCGCUUUGGUAUCUCGAUGGAGCAAAUGUUACGUUUGUGACAGUUUUUGAUCUUCCGAGAUGUAAAGACAUAUGGAUUAGCGCAGCCUGUCAAGGUCUUCACGGAAAAUAUAUUGCCGGUGAUCGUAGAGGAAAUAUUUAUAUUUACAAAUUGGGAUUUGCUGCACCAAUUUUCACAUAUAAGAAAGCUCACAGUUAUAUGGGAGUUACUCAUUUAUGUAAUUUUGAUAAUGACAUAGUGUCAUUGGGACGUGAUGGUACUGUUAAGACGUUUACGAUAGAAAAUAACUCUCUGGUCCAUAAGUCUAGUGAUAAGGUUCCAACAUCGUGGCUUGCUUCAGUGGUUGGUCCUUUUCUGUUGGGUUUUUCUGGAAACGUUUUUGUCGUUUGGGAUUAUAUCAAAAAAAGAAUUUUAUUUGAGCAUGUUUGUGGUGGGGGUCAUCGAUCGUGGGACUUUAACAAAUUAAAUAAUAUGAUAUCGUUUGCGUAUGUUCAAAACGGUAUUGUGAAAAUUCUUAAUUGGGAUGAACAUGAAGUCUAUUCUGUAGUUGCUGGCUUUCACGCCAAUACAAUUAACAGUGCGAGAAUUUUGACAACUACUGAUAAAAAUUUUAUUGUUUUGUCGGGCGGAGAAGAUACAAAUUUACGAAUUUCGUUGUUUGGUUCAAAUUAUUUCUUACCUGCUAAGAGUUUCAAGUCACAUUUGUCUUGUAUUCGGUGCAUUUGUCUUUACGAAUUAUAUAAAAACCGGUAUUUGGUGUUUACUGGUGGCGGUAGAGGCCAGAUAAUCUGUUGGAAAUUUGUUUUGGUUGAUAAGCCUGGCGAUAGUCUUUGUAGUGAAGAAUGUUCCUUCUAUGAAAAGUUUGACGGUGAAUUGUUUGAAUCAGAAGUACGUAUCAUGGAUUUGAAGACACUGACUUUGGGAGAAGAUCUGUUAUUGUUUGCUGCUGCGUCUGACGGAAAUGUAAAUAUGUUUACCGUUGUUAAGGAGAACACAAAAUACGUGCUUGUCCCUUUGAUAAAGUUAUUCUACCAAAAUAAAUGCGUUACGAAACUUUGUUUGAUAGACGUUUUUCAAUCUAAUGUUUUAGGUUCAUUCAGUACAGAUGGUACAUUGGCGUUUUGGGAUGUUACUUGUAUUGAUACAAAGUUAGGAAUUUGUCCUUUUAAAAUUUUGUCGCUUCACCAGUCAGGAAUUGCUGACUGCUGUUUUAAAUUUGUCAAAGAAAAUUCUUUUGUACUUUUGACGGGUGGUGAUGACGGGUCGUUUGUAUUGACUUUGUUUCACAUAUCAAAAAGUGCAGCUGAUGGCCUGAAGUUUGAAAAAGUUUUUUCUUUUUGCGAUUGUCACUCUCACUGCGCUCAAGUAACUGGCACCCAGAUUUCGAGUAAUUAUUUUAUAACAACAUCAAUUGAUCAGAAAUUGUUACUUUUCAAGUGGACUGUUGAGAAAGACAAGCUUGUGGUGAAAGCUUGUGGUCGCUACAAUUCCGCCGUUACGGAUGUUCAGGGGCUGCAAUAUAAAGAGAAGGAUGAUUAUUUUAAUAUAUUUGUUUAUGGUGAAGGUUUAGAGUUUAUUACAUAUAAAAAAAAAUAAAUACUUUUGUAAUGAGAUAAACGUUGUAAUAGUAUACCAUGAUAUGAAUUUUAUAAGACGCAUUUUGUCGCACUCACGGAUUUAGGGCACGACGAGCGCAGUGAGGAGUGCCAUAAUAGAGUAAGUGCGACAAAAUGCCUUAUAAACGAGAUAUCAUACAGUAUUUUUUCUACUUCGCACUUUUUAUACCAAAAAAAUUAAUUUCGAAAUUUAGGCAAUUGUGGCAGUUGACAGAACAGCACAGGCCGUGAAAUGAAAUUAAUAAUUUGGACCGUCAUUAGUUUAUUCGUACAAAUGUAUUCUGAAAGUGUCCAAGAGACUUUGCAUUGUACCUCUUAAUGAAUACGGGCUUUUGUGGCAAAUACGUGGAAUUUGAAAAUUGGCCUAAGGAAAAUGAGAUCUCAAAUUACUUACUUGCCUUUGAAAUUAUGUUUACACAUUACUCGGUAGGUGUUCGAAAGGGCCACAUAUCAGGAAAUACACAAAAGCCUUUAAAGAUUCGUAUUUGAUUAAUUUGAUUAAAUUAUGCACUUGAAACAGGUUCUCUCAGAUGAUUGAACUCCAAAAUAUUUUUUCUACUUCGGUUUCGUACUGAGGUCAUUACGAUACGCUAUUUGUGACAAUCUAGUUUUUUGACAAUUAUCUGAAAGAACUAUCAGUGUCAAUCGGCACCUGUUUUAAGUCAAUAAUUUAAUCAAAUAUGAACCUUUUGUACCAUCCUUGAUAUGUAGCCCCUUCGAACACCAUUCCAGUAUUGUACAAACAUAACUUCAAAAGCCAGUGCAAGUAAGUAUAGUGGCUCUGAUAUUCCAAGAUUAUACAACCACCAUAAACCUCAUUACCCGUAGUUAGGACAAUCUGUUGUGCAGGUAUUAAGACCCACGUGCUCUUGCAAUAAAUUUCUUUUGGAAGACUGGUUGCUUUCACCGACCAGGUCCGUCUACAAGACGCCAAAUAAUUUUCCUAAUUCCUAAUGUUUUCAAAAUUUACUAUCAGCAUAGUUGUAUAAAUAUAAUUAUUGUAAAUCGAGAUUGCAAACAUCAAAAAUAUCAGGUGCCUAAGUAAGUCAUUGUUUAAUUUAAAAUAAAUUUAUUUUGUGCGGGCUCGAAUUGUUUUGAGUUCCGUCCUGGAGCCUAUGACAAGGGUGGCAGGUAAAAAUUUGGUUAAAUAAUUUAUGGCUGUGGUUUCUUUUCUAUAUCGGUUACCUUUUACACAAUAGACUAAUUUUAUGAUCACCAUAUAAUCUUAUAGGAGUACUUUAAUUUGAGAUCUCAUAAUCCUAUGGCCAAUUAAUUUUUAAGUUCCACGUAUUCGCCACAAAAGCCUGUAUAGCCUGUAAAGCCUGUUAAUAGCCACAUUGCAAAACGUGUUGGACAUUUUCAGAAUGCAUUUGUAUGAAUGAACUAAUAACGGUCCAAAUUAUUAAUUUCAUUUCAUGACCUGCGCAUAAAUGCAGUCAACUGCCACAAAAUUUUCUGAAUUUCGAAAUUAUUUUUUUUGGUACAAAAAGUGCAAAGUAGAAAAAAUACUCUAUGAUAUUUCGUUUAUAUGGUAUUUUGUCGCACUUGCUCUAUUAUGGCACUCCUCGCUGCACUCGUCGUGACCAAAAUCCGUACGUGCGACAAAAUGCGUCGAAUAAAACUCAUAUCAUAAUAUACUAAUUUAACCAAAUUUUAUAUAUACGUCGAAAUUUGCAAGAAAACGACGGAAUUUUGAACUAACUACGUGAAAAAAACGUAGACAAUAACGUUUUUUGAACGUUAUUUGAACUACGAUUUUUCAUUCAACGUUUGUUUAAGCUGAAUAUGUGUCAAUGUUAUAACUUUUUUAAUUUACGUUUUUUAUUCAAUGUUUAUGUGACGUAAAAUAUAACGUUAUGUCCACGUUACAUUAUCGUUUCGCAGUCGCCGAAGCAAAUUACAAAUCGUUUUAAAAACGUAUUUUGUGUGACAUCGAUCCUAACGUUUUUUUAACGUAGUCUAUAAAUAAACUCGAAGCUGACUUUUUUCUGGCCUUCUAAUUAAGACAAUUAUUUUUUAUAUUCAUUAUAUGGAUAAAACUGAAAAACUUGGUAAAAGUGUCAUAAAAGUUGAAUCAACUUACUAUUCUCAGCAGUCUAUACCAUUAUUUUAUACAUAAAAUGGUCAGGCGAUUAAAACCUCACCUCUCCUUUAUUUAGAAAUAAUCACUUCUUACUGAGGUUAAAAUAUUUAACAAUUAUUUCUGAUGAUCCAAAUCGAUUAGUGUUGUCAUAAGGGAAAAAUGGCAGGAACACUGCCUUUUUUUCGUGCCAUGUUACCUUUAAGCAAGACCUAUCAAUAUUGCAGUCUGAUGAUUAUUUAAUUAAAAUCGAAUCGUCGCUAAAAAUAUAAAGUUUAAUUACAUCCCUGUCCUAAAUAACCAAAAACAAUUUCUUCCGUUAUUUUUUUAUUUUAGUGAUAGGACAAAGUGGCCAUUUGGAGAUUUUAUUCACUUUGGUGAUUUUUUUAUUCUAUCGGUGAAAAAAUUUAACAAAAAUUUCUCAAUGUGCCUAUAAGAGAAAACGUUGUAUUAUACACGUAUAGAAAAGUUAACAUUAUCUGAAUAUGAACAACUUUUCUUUACUUGUAUGAUAAACUACUAUUAUUUAAUUUUGAGAAAGGUCUAAACAAAUUAUUAUGUUUAUGGUUGGACAUUUUACUAAAACUGACUUUAAAUAAAGAAAUAGAAUAUCAUACCAAAAAACUAUUGGAGAUACAAAUUUGUAACUACAGUUAAAUGAAUCACGAAAAAAUUACAGAGGGGUCUUUUAUCGAAGCUUUUUUAAUGUUUCUGAUUUUUUUGCAAUUUAAAACUCUUGUAUUCGCUCACAUUUAUUUCUUCAAUGUGUUGAGAACAAAUUUGUCGAUUAGUAAUAAUUAAUAUUCGUUUUACAUCGUUUUUUGUCGUAAAAAAAUUAUAAAACGACGAGUUCUGACAAUAAUUGAGAGAUACGAAAUUAUAAAGAGCUUGGAAAAGGGAACAAACGAAGAGGUUGACAUGAAUUGCACUAUGAUAGAAUUAAAAACGUAAAUGCAGCUUAAGCCGUUUAGGGCAGCCCCCGAGAACUGUCAAAAUGAUGUGUUGCUCAAAAAAAAACAAUUCGGAGAAUAAUCAGAGAUUAAGCUUUAAAGCUCAUUGUUCAUUGUAUAUUAUUAUUGCUUUGUUGUAUUAUCCCAGAUAUGCCUGAUUUAAAAGUUUCUUAAUUUUUAAAUAAAAGUUAUGAAGAUAAGAUAAAUUCUUAAUUUUGAAGCUAGAAAUGUAUAUUUCACCCUUUUUUUGUUUUUUCAAAGUCACUUUUGAUGGUGUUCUUAAAAAAGGACACUCGGCAUAAAAGUUGUACUAGUAAGAAUUUUAUUUAUUGGCAUGAUAAUUAACAAAGCAUUUCAUGUGGAGGGCAACAUUACACUUUUUAAACUUUUUCGCACUUUUGUGGCAUUGUGAUGACUCGGUUUCUCAAACUUUCAAAUUCAAAUCUCGCGGGAAAUGUCUGCACGAAUGUCAAGUGAGUGUAAGUGGAGCGUGCGCAGAAGAAUCGCAAGCGCCGAUUGGCUAAGACAGAAAGAUAGGGAUGGGCGCUUAUUGGAAAAGAACCGGUUAUAGGUUAAUCGGUUAAUUUCAAAUUAAUUUAACCGGGGUCCAUAAACCGGUCCGAAAAAAAAACCGGUUUUUAACCAAAUACCAAACUAAAAAUUAUCGGUUAUACAAAUAACCGGUAAUAUAUUUUUUAAAUUUUAAUAUACACAGAAUUUAGUCAGUAGUAUAAUAACAUUUCCGUGAAGGGUAUUAAUAUUUGUUUAUUCAAACACAAAAACAUAAAAAUUAUAUGAAAACAAUAAACAAACCAAAGUGUAAAAAAACUUUUGAUUAGUGUGCUCGGGAGUUAAGCGACUCCGAUGAUCGCUGCACACAUUAUUUAAAGUGGAAACUAGUCGCACUUAAGGAACUGAUGCACCUAACGCUGUUAAUAGUAUAUUAAGCAACAAGUUUUAUAAACGAGAUUUUAAUCACGAGUUUGUUUAAACACGAGCGAAGCGAGUGUUUAUAACGAGUGUUUAGACGAGUUUAGAAAACGCGUUGCUUAUGCUAUUUUUUCUACUCCCGUAAGGUGAGACAAAAUAUACAUUAAAUAUUUUUUUACAAAGUAACAACAUUUAGAAAUUUAUUAUUAGGUACUUUAUACAGUUUAUAAUUUACAUUAUUUAUUAUGAAGAGUAACUGUUAAACUACUUAUAUUGUUACAAUUGUUGAAUUGUAUAAGAGCUGUGUUAUUAUUGUUAAUUCUUGUUUUGUCAUGUGUGUUACUUGAAAACUCUAAGUUUAUAUUCUUGUCAACAGUGUUUUCAAUGUCAAAACUUUCAGAUUGAAUAAUGUUUGAACUUUCAGACUGAAUAAUGUUUGAACUUUCAGACUGAGUAAUGUUUGAACUUUCAGACUGAAUAAUGUUUGAUAUUUUAUUGGCCGUUUGAAUUUUAUUAUUUAACGAAUGAUCAAUAUAAGUUUCUGCAACUGUUGUUGAACGCCAUCCCCCAUGGCGUUUGAGGGCAGUAAUGUCAGCCCCCGCAUCUACUAAUAAAGUAGCAGAGGAUCGGCGAAGGCAAUGGCCUGUAUAAGAAGUUGGAUUUGGUAGUUUGAGGAAUGUUGCAACUUGACAAGGAAGACUACCGAACUUAUUUAUACCGACCGGCUGUCUUGUGCAUUUUCCUCGUUGAUAAUUUAGAAAAAAUCGUGUAGUAUGUACAUCUUGCGGACGAAGUUCCAUAUAUUUUUUGCAAAUUCCAUAAAAAUUGCCUCCGAUAACAAACUGACGUUCUGUUUUGGUUUUUGUGUCAGGAAUAUGAACUAAUAAUGCUGUACUAAGAUCUUCAACAUGAUUUGUUUCUACUUUCAUUAAUUCCUCACGGCGACAAGCUCCCAUUAUUCCAAAGAUUAACCCCACCUAAAAUAAAAUUUAUAACAAAGUAUUUAGGUAAGUACCUAAUUUACCUUUGAAAAUAAGUAGUUUUCAUCUGGUGCUGAACACAAAAAUUCUUUGAUUUGUUCUGGUGUCAAAAUUCUUGACUUUUUAGGCUUAUACCCACUGGAUUUAUUCUUGAGAAAUGCACACAACUUUGGAUAUUUACUGAUGUCGAUGUUGUUUUUUAGGUUAAGUGUUGUUCGGAGCAUAGAGUAAAUAGCCCACAAUGAUGAGGGUUUCAUACGUGUUGAUAAUUGUUGUAUAUACGCUAAUAGAACAUUUUCGGAAAAUGAUUCAGUUUGCUUUUCUUGUCGCCAAUUUAUAAACAGUUUAUACUGUCUUUCAUAUUGCUUUUUCGACUUUUGUGGCAUCAGAUUGGCGGUAGCUGCGGCUGCAGCUUCUUGUAUUUCUGGUGGCGUACCCUCUAAACCCACAAAAUCGUCUUCUUCACCACUAUCCAUGUCAAGUUCAAUCUUCAACUCAAACCACUAUCUAAAAUUGCAAACAACAUUGUUGUCUAUUAAACAAAUUAAAUUUGUGUAAUUUGACAUUUGGACCUGCCUCCAAACAUACUUGAUAUAAUCCAUCCUUGAUAUUAAAACACUGCACGUGACAAAACAAUACUUUAAUGAACAUUAAAACAUCGUUAUUCAACAUGUGACUAAGGUCUGACUUAGUGUACAAAAUGCAACUGCCUAAAAUGACGUUUAAGAUACGGGAGUAGAAAAAUAUUUUAAUGCGACCUGAUAAGUCGCUGGAAAAGCUUUUUUGCUGUUUGUCCAAAAUCGAUUAGGAUCUGUUUUUAGUGGCAAUAUAGGUUGAUUUAAAUACAAUUUAAAUUCUGUGGGGAUUCCUUGAAACAUUCCAUCAUUUUCUUGGUCUCGUGAUUGUUGUGAGAUUACUUCAUCGUUAAUACUCCAUAUGUUACUUGCACUCUCGCCUAGAAUAGCUUCAGGUAUUGGUGGACUAACAGUUCCUUGGAGACGUAAAAUCUCUUUAACUUCGCUAGCUAUUUGAUUUACUGUUUUAGAAACAUUCAAAGGUUGACAGAGGUGAAUUUUUUUGAAUCUGGGAUCAAUACUGUGGCUGCUGAUAAUAACAUAUUUUUUUCUAAUGGAUCAAAUCGUUUCUCCAUUUGUUUUAUUAGUUCCUUUUUUAACUCCUGCCCUAAAGGAUUUUGCACAUCUAUUCUUGUUAGAGCUGUUUUGGCGCAUUUAGCUAGAGGAAGAACAAGACUUCCCGAUAAAUACUUGUCGCCAGAAAUAUCCCUUGUCACUUCCUCAAAAGGUUGGAGUAGCAAAAGAGACUCUUCAAUUGCUGCUAGCUUUCUUGGUGUUAACAUUGGUGGAGCUUUUUUGUGUUUAGGUGACAGCAAAAUUUUUCCUACAUACUCUGAGAGUAGUUUGAACCUUUCUAGGCAGUAAUAGGUCGAAUUCCACCUAGUUGGAACUUCUUGUAUCAAAUACAAAAAAGUGCCAUCAGUCUUUCCUCUUUUCUUUGUUCGUGUCUUAAUCAUCCUGAGCCACAUUGCUGUGUUUAAAAUAAGCCACCACGGAUUUUACUUUUUCAAUUAUUGUAACAAGAUUUUGAACACAACCAAGCGAUUUAGACACCACUAAAUUAACAAUAUGGUCAAAGCACGGAAUGUGAACAUUUUCGUUUUCGGACAGCAGAAUUUUUACUCCUGCGACGAUGUUGGCUCCAUUAUCAGUAGUGGCAGAGACAAUUUUAUUUCUCAAAAUCUUCCGUUCGUUUAACAUUUCGCUUAAAUCUUCACUGAUGUUGUGUGCUGUAUGAUGAGGUGUUAGAUUUUUUACUCCCAAAUUUAUACAAUUCAUUGUCGAAUUUUCUUCAUCUAAAAUAAUCAAAUUUAAGACCCUACAUUUUUCAAAAUUUACAAUAACCUACCUAUGUAAUGAACAGUUAGUACAAUAAAGGUUCUUGUGGCAUUCAUUACAGUAGCAAUAUCUGUAGUUAUGGCAACUACUUUGACCUUAUUUAAAAUAUUAGCAGCAAUGGUUUGUAAUGACUUAAAUUUUUCGUGUAACAGUCUAAUAAUCUAAAAUAAAGCUUUUCUCAAUAGGUUUAUGUGUCACAAACUAAUAGCUUUACCGUCUUCCUGCUCCGUGCUUUGUAUAACGGAACAGUUGCUUUGAGAAACUUUAGCAUUCCUUCUUUUUCGACACAGCGAAGUGGUAAAUUGUCUUUACAAAUCAUAUAUAACAAGGCUUGCGUAAUAUCUGCUUCUUUUUUUUUCCUGGACUGCUGCGCUCGUUUUCCUGUAUUGUAAUAUUUUAGAAUCAAUUUGUACAAGUGUGUGUAUAAUGUGUAUAAUAAGUGUGUAUAAUGAAUUAACAAAGCUUGUUUCAAUACCUUGACUGGUUCAACAUCAUCACAUGAGUUUUCAUCAUUUUGAUCUCUAUCCGUGGGGACAGAAAAUGCUGAGAACGACGAGAAGACGACAAUGGCUGCUAAACACCAGCGGUCGUUCUUAGUUAGUGUUUAAGAUUAAGUCUUGUAAAGUUAUUUCACUUGUGAAAAUCCAUCCUAACUGUACAAUAACGAUCUAAAAAUAGUUAGACGAAUCUACAUCACAAAAAGGUACUGUAGAAAGCUAGAAUUAAGUAAGCAGAUUCGGGCCUUUUGUUCGUGCUGAACGCCCAUGCUUUGUCAUGUUGUUUAAUUGAGAUGUAAUUCGUGAGUUCAAGUAAUUCACUGUUGUGAGUUAGUAGAAUUACAAAGUAAUUAGUUGAGCUUUUGCUUGCAUGAAUUUUGAUUAGAAAUUGUUACCGUUAGCUCAUGUUUAGAGUAAAUUUUAACUGUAACUUGAUAGGGGUUGUUCAGUCUGAAGGGGCGCCUUGUUGGAGGGUUGAUUAGAAAGUGGCAGUAGGGUUUUUGGUACAUGUUAAAUUUGUCGAAAGGUUUUAUGGUUAUUUUGUGAUCUUUGGAGAUGACGGGUCAGUGAGAGGGGACCCGAACUUCAUUGUCACAACCAUGUGUUUUAUGUUUAAACGUAUGUAUGUUAUGUUUUGUCAAUUUGUAUUGUAAUUGAUCCUGGGAAAAGAUUUAUCAUUGUUUGUGGACACUGUUUAGGGAGGUUUUAUCCGGUCCUUUCUGCAGUUGAUUCACAUAUCAUCUUAUUUAACAUUUUUAUUGUUUCAUUUAUUUUUUAUCAGCCGUAGUAAUGCCAAGGUGCGUGCUACUUACUUACUUGCUUAUUGUUUAUUUAUUUUUCAUCAGCGGUAGUAAUGCCAUGGCGCGUGCUUCUUGCUUAUUAUUUUUUAUUUCUCGUCGGCUUGUAGUUACGCCAAUUAUGCGAGCUACUUGCACAUUAUUGUUUUUGUUGUUUAAUUUGUUUGAAUAAUUUCCAUUUCAUUUUGAUUUUUUGAACAUUAUCGUCAACUGCAGAAAUUAAACAAUGUUUCCUUCC